GGCGAAUAUAUUUUUGUUUUUUAUGAGCAAACGGGUCAUAAGAUUCUCCCUUUUCCUAAUCCCUCAUUAUCUCCUUAUUAUGUAAAAGAAAUUUAAAAAAGAAAAAAGAAUCCGGGUAGAUAAGUAUUAAGUACCCAAAUUGUAUCAACCACAGGAGAUCAAUUCCCAAUAGAAUAGAAAUUCAUCAAUAAUAAGUCAAAAAUAGUUCCGUAUACAAGAAAGAGGGUUGCAAUUUCUUCAAGAAAAGAACCCCCUGGGUACUACCACUUUCUCUAUUUGUCUCUUUACUCUCAUCAUUCUUUCCAGCAUGGAUGUCAAGGUCUGCCUGUUUCUUGUCAUACUCGGUGCCAUGUGUUGUUCAGCUAGAGAAUUGGCAGCUCCUGACCUCCUUAUUAUAGAAACCGAGGAUGUUUCAGCAUUGUGGAUAAGUAAUGAACAGGAACAGAGACAACUUCAGCCUCUGGAAGAUGUCAGCCAUAGUAAAGGAUUAUGCACAUUGUGUGAAGAAUAUACUGCUACUGCACUUGGUUACCUUUCUGAUAACAAGACCCAGACAAAGAUACUUGACCUACUUCUCACGACCUGUUCGCAGAUGCCAAUAUUCAAGCACGAGUGCGCUGCCACGGUGAAUCAAUAUGUUCCUCUCUUCUUCUUAGAGAUCUCCAAUAUAAAACCUGACGACAUUUGCCAAAAGAUUCACCUUUGUCAAAAAGUGGUUUCCAUCUCUCAACAGUUCUCCAAGAAUGGCUGUGACUUGUGCCAUCAAGUGGUUGAAGAGACACUAUCGAAAUUGAAAGAUCCUGACACUCAGUUAGACAUACUUGAGUUGCUCCUGAAGGCAUGUGGAUCUGUUGAGAAAUAUGCUAAUAAGUGCAAGAAAAUGGUCUUUGAAUAUGCACCAGUGAUCCUCAUUAACGCAGAGCAUUUUCUGGAGAAAAAUGAUGUGUGUACUAUUUUGCAUGUCUGUCAGCCUGCUGUUGGUAUAGAGGAAGCAUUGCCAAAGACACAAAGUUCACUGCAUUCUGCCUCUUAAGUGGAGAUAGGCUGUUGAGCUUGCUUGGUAUGUGUUGUAUGUAUACAAACAAUUGGAUUAUCGUCUUUCAGUUUGUGCCUCAUUUGUGUAUAAUGUGUAAAUUGAAGUGCAAACUUCAUCUCUUGUUUAUAUACAAUGAUGUUUAUGGGAAAAGCUCGAUAAAUAAAAGAUACGACAUUCUUGAUUGCUA